AGAGCGCUUUACAUUUGCAGCAGUCUAGUUAGGAAUCUGAAGUCUGAAAGGUCGCGGUUACUAUUGGUUAGUGGCCAUUCUGAAAUAACGGGUCAUACCUACGUUGUGUGUAUCAAUUGUUUUGCGUCAAAUCGUCUCAGCAAUUAAAUUAUUCUUGAUAUAAUUGCAAAAUCAUGAAGCUGUUUCUGUUUUUAAUUGUAGCAGUACUUGCUACAGCACAAGCUAUUUCUUUUUUUGAAUUGGUUAAUCAAGAAUGGACAACAUUUAAGAUGGAACAUAAUAAGGUAUAUAAAAAUGAUGUAGAGGAAAGAUUCAGGAUGAAGAUAUUUAUGGACAAUAAACAUAAAAUAGCUAAACAUAAUGGGAAUUACGAAAUGAAAAAGGUUUCAUAUAAAUUAAAGAUGAAUAAAUAUGGUGACAUGCUUCAUCAUGAGUUUGUGAAUACGUUAAAUGGUUUCAAUAAAAGCAUAAAUACUCAGUUGAGAUCUGAGAGAUUACCUAUAGCAGCUUCAUUUAUUGAACCAGCAAAUGUAGUGUUACCAAAGACAGUAGAUUGGAGAGAACAUGGUGCUGUAACUCCUGUCAAAGAUCAGGGACAUUGUGGGUCAUGCUGGUCAUUUUCUGCAACCGGCGCAUUAGAAGGACAACAUUUUCGACGAACAGGAAUUUUAAUUCCUUUAAGUGAGCAAAAUUUAAUUGAUUGCUCUGGAAAAUAUGGCAAUAAUGGGUGCAAUGGAGGACUGAUGGAUCAAGCUUUUCAAUAUAUUAAAGAUAAUAAAGGUUUAGAUACUGAAGUUACUUAUCCGUAUGAAGCUGAAAAUGAUAAAUGCAGAUAUAACGCAGCAAAUAGUGGUGCCCGUGAUGUUGGUUAUGUAGACAUUCCUCAAGGUAAUGAGAAAAAGCUUAAAGCAGCAGUUGCUACUAUAGGUCCAGUCUCUGUUGCUAUUGAUGCUUCUCAUCAGUCUUUCCAAUUUUAUUCCGAAGGAGUCUAUUAUGAACCAGAAUGUUCUUCAGAAAACUUGGAUCACGGAGUAUUAGCAGUAGGAUAUGGAACUGAUGAAAAUGGUCAGGAUUACUGGCUAGUAAAAAAUAGUUGGGGUGAAACAUGGGGUGAUAAUGGGUAUAUUAAAAUGGCUAGGAAUAAAUUGAACCAUUGUGGUAUUGCUUCCACUGCUAGUUAUCCUCUUGUUGGAUCUCAAGGAUAAUUUGUUAAGAAUUUUAUGAAUAAUAUUCUAAGAUGCAAACAAAAAGUGAGAAAACGAAAAUUAAUAAGUAUUUGAACAUAUCUAAGCUUCUGUUUGUACAUCAAAAAAAGCAAAUAUACUUUUUUUUAUUAAUUGAAUAAAAGAAAUGUUUAUUAAUA